AAGGAAGUCACUUUUUUGAUCCACACUCCAUUCCAGUUGGUGGCGGAAAUACACCAUUUUGUUGUUUGUCAACCGCCAAUAAAAUUUCAAGAAGAAGAAGAAGAAGAAGAAACCGGAAGACAGAAUCUCACGAUCGCAUCCAAAAUGGCGACUCCCAUGCAUAGGCUGAUCGCUCGGAGACAAGCGGAGGCAAACAAACAACAUGUUCGCUGUCAGAAAUGCCUGGAGUACGGACACUGGUCUUAUGAGUGCUCUGGGAAACGAAAGUAUCUUUAUAGACCUUCCAGGACAGCCGAGUUAAAAAAGAGACUCAAAGACAAGGAGAACAAUCCUUCGGAUGAUUUGGGAGCUGGAAUAAUACCACGCAGUGAGAAAAAAACAAAGAAAAAAAGGUCCUCCUCCAGUUCCAGCAGCGGCAGUAGUGAUUCGUCCAGCUCUUCCAGCGACUCUUCCUCGGACAGCAGCGGUUCCUCGAGCUCCUCAUCCUCGUCUGAAGACAGUAGCAGUGACAGCGAUGACGGCUCCAGCCCUUCCUCCUCCUCCUCGUCUUCCUCCAGUUCUGACUCCGAUUCCGAUUCCUCAAGCAGUUCUGAUCAGGGACCUCCAAAGAAGAGAAAGAAGAAGAAAUGAGGGUCCAGUUCAUCUGAUUCGAAUACAGAACUUGUCAUAUACAUUGAGAGUACUGACUGUCACUUUGGUAUUGAAUAUGUGAGAGUAGGGUGGGAAGUCAUGUAUGUAAAGAAAUUGAGAUGUAUAUGUAUGUAUAUUCUCAUAUUUAGUAGAAUGUGAAAAUCAAACACAUCCACUGUUACAUUUGCUUAUUUACAACUUUGUUUUCUCUCCAUGGCAGAGUGUAGUGGUGUCUCAAACAGUUAAAAUACUGCAAUGAUUUAUUCAUUCAUAACAACAUCAGUUGAUUUAUUUCACAUCUUUUUGACCAUAUAUAUAUAUUUUUUAAAGAAUGACCAUGAAGUAGGCUGAGGCGUAUUAACAUGCUCUUCAUUUUAAGAUGGUCUUAUAAAAUAAACUGAUUUCUUACAGAAAGAAAUGCACCUAUUGUGGGACAUGAUGUAAAUGCGAAAUUAGCAAUAUCAAAUAAUCUGUUGAAAAUGUAGCACGUCUCAUAAGAAAAUCACAAAAAAUGUUUCAUUUGCAGCCGUAUGUUUUUACAUAUUCCUUAAUAAAAAAACAACGGAUGAUCAGAA